AUGAAGAACUAUAAAGCCUUAUCUUGGGAAACCCACCUAAGCUCUUUGACAUUGACACCGGUAGUGAUCUCACUUGCCCUGCAACGGUUGCACAAAGAUGCGGGUAUGAUCAGCACAACAGCGGGAAUCCUUGGCCUUGGCAGAGGGAAAGCUUUCGAUGAGCUUGUUCCUUCUUCUGGAGUUACAUGGACUUCACCUAGCAUGACGGCAAAGACUACAGGUGUCAAAGACAUCAACUUGAUAAGAAAAGACUUGAAUGGGAAGCCUUUGGUGAAUGAGAUGCAGAGCAUUGGAUGGUUUCCUUCAGACUGUGACAAGCUUCCCAAGUUCUGA